CUCACUUUACGACGACAGCAACUAUGGCGGCUGCCUCCGGUAGAUUUGAAAGUGCGAGGAGCAUUGAAGAGCGUAAAGAGCAGAGUCGGAUUGCCAGGGCUGAGGUGUUGCGCCAGGCUAAAGCCAAUUUUGAAAAAGAAGAAAGGCGUAAAGAACUUAAACGACUUCGAGGUGAGGACACAUGGAUGCUACCUGAUGUGAAUGAGCGAAUUGAACAGUUCUCACAGGAACACUCUGUGAAGAAAAAGAAGAAAAAAGACAAGCACUCAAAAAAAGUAAAGAAAGAGAAGAAAAAAAAGAGCAAGAAACAGAAGUAUGAGAAAAACAAUGAGUCAACUGAUAGUUCAUCAAGCUCUGAAGAUGAGUGGGUUGAGGCUGUUCCAUUCCAAACUCCUGGCAAGGAAAAGGCCUGGAAAGUGAAAGAUGAAAAGGCAGGAAAACAAGAAGACAACCAAGUUAUUCAGAGGGAUGAGUGGAUGACUGUUGAUUUUACGUCUGUUAAAACUGUGUCAUCAUCAUCACUCAAAGCUGAAAAGGAAACUGUAAGGAAAACAGAGCAAGAGAAAACCCAAGCACUUGAACAGUCCAGACUGCUGGAAAGAGAAUUGAAUCCAUUCUGGAAGGAUGGUGGGACAGGUCUUCCACCAGAAGACUGUAAUGUAUCAUCAGUUACUAAAGUUUCAGUGGUAGAAGAUGGUGGUUUAAGCUGGCUAAGAAAGUCUUAUCAAAGAAUGAAAGAACAAGCUGAGAAACAACAUAGAAGUUUCGAAGAUAUUGUAGCUGAAAGAUAUGGGUCGAUGGAAAUAUUUCAGUCAAAAUUAGAAGACGCUGAAAAAACUGCAUCCACAAAAGAAGAUUGUAGACGAGAACGGUGGAGGAGACCAACGUAUUCAGAUAAAGCACAAGGUAGCCAAGAAAGUAGAAAAUCAGACUUGGUGAAAUAUAAUAAAACUUCAAGAGAGAGAUAUAGCACAACAGAUAUUGCAAACAGUUUCAAUAAAGAUAAGUUUAGUGGUGAUGCGAAAGAUAAUAGAUCUGGGUCUUCAGAAACAUGUAGAAAACAGUCUCAUCCAAGGCAAAAUCAAGAAUUUUCUUCUCUUGGAAAUCUGAGACCUAAAUUCUUAAGACCCUCUGAUGAUGAGGAACUGUCAUUUCAUUGCAAGGGCAGAAAUUUUGAACCACCUAGUUCAUCUUCAGCACCAGUCUCUCGGGAGUCUAUGCAUCGUGGUUUUCAGAAACCCGCAGAGAACAGUGAGGAAAGUUUACCAUCAUGGAGCCGAUCUGAUGGGAGAGAAGGAAACAGCAAACAUUCAUAUCAAAAGCCAAGAGAUACCAGUUGCAGUGCUGAUGAUCGUCCUGUUUCAGAAGACGCGCGAGAAGAAUCACAGGAUGAAAGCUUGAGAGAUGACACUCUGAAAAAAGAACAUCUACAGGACACAAAGUCUUCAUUUGCUGGAAGUAGUACAGAGGAUGAGUCCAUCCAUAUCCUGAGUGUUGAUGAGAAGAACAAGUUGGGAGCCAAGAUUAUCAAGGCAGAAAUGAUGGGAAAUAUGGAAUUAGCUGAACAGCUUAAAGCCCAACUCGAAAAGGCAAAUAAAUUCAAAGAAUCUGUAACACAGACAUCAUCAAAAAAAUCUGGGGUAGAGAAGGAAGACCAGCAAGAAGUGAUCCUUGUCAGAACAGAUCAGUCUGGAAGAGUAUGGCCUGUGAACACACCAGGAAAACCUCUGGAACCUAAAGGAGGAAGAAGGAAGAGACAGAUGGCUUUAACUCAUGAGGAAAAAGAAAGGGUCAGAUACUUUCAUGAUGAUGAUAAUCUAAGCCUAAAUGAUUUAGUCAAGAAUGAAAAGAUGGGAACAGCAGAAAAUCAGAACAAACUUUUUAUGAGAAUGGCAUCUAAGUUUAUGGGAAAAACAGAUGGAGACUAUUAUACUCUGGAUGACAUGUUCGUCUCCAAAGCAGCUGAGAAAGAACGUUUUGGUGAAGAGGAAGAGAAUCAGAGGAAAAAAGCUAUUGCUGAGCACCAGAGUCUUGCUGCACAAAUGGAAAAGUGUCUGUAUUGUUUUGACAGCUCUCAGUUUCCCAAGCACCUUAUUGUUGCAAUAGGUGUUAAGGUUUAUUUAUGUUUACCCAACUGUCGGUCUCUUACUGAGGGGCACUGCCUGAUAGUCCCUUUGCAGCACCAUAGAGCAGCUACCUUAUUGGACGAAGACAUCUGGGAGGAAAUUCAGAUGUUCAGAAAAUCAUUGGUAAAGAUGUUUGAAGAUAAAGGUUUGGACUGCAUCUUUUUAGAAACUAAUAUGAACAUGAAGAAACAGUAUCAUAUGGUUUAUGAAUGCAUUCCUCUCCCAAAGGAAGUGGGUGAUAUGGCUCCUAUCUAUUUUAAGAAAGCCAUAAUGGAAUCUGAUGAAGAGUGGUCUAUGAACAAGAAAUUGAUUGAUCUCUCUUCAAAAGAUAUCAGAAAGUCUGUACCCAGAGGCUUACCUUACUUCUCUGUGGAUUUUGGCCUCCAAGGAGGAUUUGCCCAUGUCAUUGAAGAUCAACACAAAUUCCCUCAUUACUUUGGAAAGGAAAUCAUUGGUGGGAUGCUGGAUAUAGAACCAAGACUUUGGAGGAAAGGAAUCCGAGAAAACUUUGAGGAUCAGAGGAAGAAAGCACUUCAGUUUGCUCAGUGGUGGAAACCAUUUGACUUCACCAAAAGUAAAAAAUGUUGAGUCAUAUCUUUCAGUUUUUAUUUCCUCUUCAGUUUCCUUUCAGUUUUUUCCAUUGCAUCUAACUAAACAACUGACCCUCAGGUCAUAGGGAAAGAGAGUCAUGCUCUGGGUCUCUGACAACUGUACAUCCUUGGAUUCUGUCGUUGCCUUCCCCACCUGUUCCCUUGGACUUCAUUGUAGUAACUGUGGAGUGAGACUAGAUAUAUUGAGUGACCUGCUCACGUUCCUGUUCUGUACCUAUGUCCUGGUGUUUUGAACUAUUCAGUUAAAAAGAUAGAAGGACUUGUCUGAAUGAUUAUCUAGGAAGUUUAGCAGAUCAUUGGUUCAGAGGAAAGUGAGUCCAUUUCAAGGUUAAGUCUGUUGACUUGCUUCUUUCGAAUUUUUUAAACCAAGUUGGCAUGUUCAGUAAUUGAAAUUUCUUUUCAUAGCAUUUUAUAGAGGCUCUUAAUUUUCUACCAGUAGCAUAUAUAUUACUGCUAUUCUUUUUACUAAAGGAAAAAGAAUGUCCCCAAAGUAAUAAAGAAUUAAAUGAAGUAUAACAUGUUCAUGAUUCAUUUGUUUUUAUUUCUGGAUUUUUAAAUAGUGUCUUUGAAUUUUGGUGAUUUUAAAAGUAAUUGUUCCAGAUACACAAUUUACAGUUGUUUGGGGUUUGUAAGAAAGUUAAAAAUUUUAGCCAAAUCAUCAUUUUGGGGUUGUAUUUAUUAUUACAAAAUCUUAAAUAAUGAGAGUAUUCUAAAUGUUGGGAGUAUAUUCUCUUGUUCCCUACUUGAUCUAAGUUUCUUCAUUUUCCUUUGUUCGUACAUUUGGUGUCAAGAGAAAACCAUAUACUUAUAAAAUGUGGCCAUGGUGUAAGAGUGCUCCUAUUUUUCUUACAUGGGAGAUAUUUUUAUAGUCAGCCUUUUUCAAAGAUGCUGGUUUUUGGAGCUGAACCUUUAUAUUUUGUCGUGAAAUAUUGAAUACCUAGAAUCAGUGUGAUACGUACCUGAGAGUAACUCAUAAAUCUACAUAGUUAUUUCUAAUCUUGGCAUCUCAUUAUUUCUCUAGUUUGUUAAAAAAAGAAAUGUUUAUGUUCUAUCUAGUUUUAAAAUUUCACUUAUAAGUGGAAGUUUGUUUCAGUUUCUCACUAUUUGUAAAUUGCAUUUAAGUAUAUGUAUCAAACAGAUACUUGAUAUUAUUUUACUUACUGCUAUUUUCAAAUUCUUUUGGCUUUGCUGCAGUCUUAGAGGAGUCCAUAAUAUUUAUUUAUUCCAUCAGUGAGUUAACAAACAUUUGUUUGCAGGGCAUUUUAUUACGUGCUGGUAGUGCAAAAGUAAAAAGUAUUUUCUCUACCUUACAUUAUUUUACAGUUUAGUGGCAAAAGAGACAUGUACGUAAAUAAUUACAGCACAGUGUAAGUUCUAAAGCGAGAUAUGUGCCAGGUGUAUUCCAGUACAGUGGUAAAGGACUAUUUCAUACCUCUUCUGUCUUCAUUCUUAGCUGAUGACCUUGCUUCCUGUUUUACUGAGGAAAUAGGACCAAACAGAAGGGAAUUUCUGUCACAUCUGUCUAUAUACCUCCCUCGGUAUCCAUGUACUCUACUUUUCCUCUUGCUAAUAGUAGAUAAAUUAUUUUGUUGUUCUUAUCUAGGGCUAAUCCAUUCAUUUAUGCUGAAUUUAUCCCUUUUCACCUACUCAAUUGCCCCUACUCUCUCUGUAAUAUUAGGUUUUUUCCUGUCUAUGGGAUUAUUUCUAUUAGUAUGCAAAAACAUUUUACAGUAUAUCAACAACAAACACGGCAUCAUAUCCCCCUCUAGCCGUUUAUCUUCUCCGGUUGACAGCAAAACUCAUUAAAAAAAAAUCUAUUUCUUCUCCUUUCAUUUUCCUCCUAUUUUCAGUACAGUUAGACUUCAUCCUCACCAUUCUACUAAAACUCUUUAUGUCAGGAUCCUCAGUGAACCUUCCACAUUGGCAUAUCAACUAAUUAAUGCUCAGUGCCCAUCUUACUCUACCUGUCAGCAUCAUUGAUAUACUUGAUCACUUUCCCUUCUUGAAACACGUUUUUUUACUUUGCUUCUUGAGCACCAUCUCUUAUUUAUCCUCCUUCCUUACUGGCUACAUCCUCUCAGUCUCCUUUGCUGGUUCCUCUUCAUCAUCUCUACUUCUAAGUGUUGAAAUGCCCAUUCUCAAAACUUAUCUUUUCUCUACCACUCUUACUCUCUCCCAAGGUAAAUCUCAUCACUAAAAUGGUCUUAAAUACCAUUUUUAAAUUGGUUCAUUUAUUCAACAAAUAUUUGAGUGUCUUCAAUAUGCCAGACACUGCUCUGCAUGCAGGGGAUACGUUAGUAAUAAAACAAAAAUCACUGUCUCUAAGGAGUUUACAUUAUAUCGGGGAAGACAGACAGUAAACAUUAGACAUAAUAAAUAAAUUAUCCAGAAAAUGUCAGAGGUGAUAAGUACUAUGGAAAAAGGAAAAGUAGGACAGGACAAGGAGGAUAUCUCCCAAAUUUAUGUCUUCACUCUGGACCUCUUCGCUGAACUCCAGAAUCGCAUAUCCAAAUUCCAACUUGACGUCUCUAGCGUAUGUGUAAUAGGCAUAUCCAAACUGAACUUCUUUGACAGUUAUUUAUAACAACCAUUUUAUUAUGUCUCAUGGUUUUAUAUGUGAGGAAUUUGGUCAGGGUUCAGCUGUAUGAUUUGCCUCUGCUUCCUCAUGUCUGCGGCCUCAGCUGGAGUAGCUCAAACAUCUGGAGAUGACUGGGGCCAUGUGUCUGGGGCCCCUUUCUUCAGAUGGUAUAUAUUGGGGCUGGAAUGGUCGAAAUGGCUCUUUCGCUCACAUGUCUGGUACCUGUACUGGAAUGAUUGGAACAGCUAGGGACAGGCUGUUAACACUCUCUUCUCCUAUAGCUAGUUGAUCUUGCUAUUUGGCUUCUGGCUUCCUCCAGAGCAGCCAUUCCAGAAGAUAGUUCCAAGAGAUAACAGGUGGAAGAUGCCAGUCUCUUAGCAGCUGGGGCCGGAAAUUGGCAGUUUCAUUUUUGCUGUAUUCUAUUUGUCAAAGUUGUCACAGAACCCACCUACAUUGAAGAAGAGGGGUCUUAUACCUCUUGAUGGGAGUACUAUCAAAUAAUUUGUGGCCAUCUUUAAUCCACUACAGUCCACCCUCUGAUCACAGAUUUAUACUCCUCCCAUGUGAAAAAUAUAUUCAAAUCCUCCCAAGAAAAUUUCUUCCCAGUAGGGCAUUAGGCUUAGGCUCAAACUCAAGAUCCCAUCUAAAUCAGACCGGAUGGAGAUGAGGUUACUCAGAUGCUUCAGGAUCUGAAGACCUGUGAAUUUAAGAGACAAAUUAUCUGCACCCCUUACACACAUACAUCCCUCCCCCCUAAACACACAGCAAUAAGAGAAGCUUACCAUAACUGCAGUAGACACGUGCACUGAAAAAGAUGGGAAACUUGAGGUAGUCAUUGUUGCAGUCACUGUUCACUAGUAAUUCUAAAAUUAAGUCGAGCAUAUGUUGCUAGUUGCUUAAUUAGGACCCCAGUCCGGCUUCUUGAGAUUGAUUCCAUGGGACUCUUUGCUCUGCCCUGUGUACUCUUGGCUCAACCCUGAGUCAGCCUUUCGUUUUCAUAAAAUACUUCAAGACUUAUGCUUCCAUCCAAGACAAAGUAACCACAUUAUCUUCCGGCGUAAAGCAACCAAAAAAAUAGACAACAUAUAUGAAACGAUGAUUUUCAAGAUGUGCGAUAUCAUGCAAGGAAGUACAAUGAUGCCUAAGAGACAUGAAGAAAAUGAGAUGAGUCCUGUGAUUGCCCUAACUUCUUGCUUUGAGGGAGUUUCCAUAUGAUACAAGGUGGAGAAAUCCAGUCAGAGUCUAUUGAACUAAACGAGUCGAGGAACUAGAGCCAUGAGUCUGGGGAGACCAAGACAACAGGACUGGUUACUAGAGAGGCAUUUGCUACACAGAGAAAUCUAGAGAUCUUUAGAGGCUCACCAUCAAGUAUCUGACAACUGAUUAGUGCAUGCGUUUGAGGAAACUACCCAUGGUCAGGCAAAGACUGACCUACCUGAGAGGUUGAGAAGUAACAUUUCCCACUAGUUAGAAGAAAAUUUCAAGACUGACCAGGAAUUGGGUAGAAUACACAGAAUGGUAAUGUGUAGCGUAGAAUAAUUAUCCCAAGACUUAGCACUGAUCUAGUCUUGACAAACAAAUCUUAAAAGCAAGAGCCAAAAGGAUCAGACUGCUUCCAAAUAACUGCAUUCCAGAACAAAGCCUAAAAAUAUUUAUAGAAAUAAAAAUAUGUCCAAAAGUCACAAGGUAAAAUUCAAAGUGUCUGGCAUCUGGUCAAAAGUUGCCAGGCAUGCAAAGAAGCUCUGAAAUGGUAACUACAUGGGUAAAUAUAUAAGAAUUUUUUCUUACUCUCUAAAUUUCUUUAAAAGAUGUUUUACUAUGUAAACAAAAACAGAGUAAGGUUUAUAACAUAUGUAAAAACAAAAUAAAUGACCAUAGUGGCACAAAGAUGGGAAGAGGAGAAAUGGAAGUACACUAUUAUAAGGUUGUUAUACUAUACUUAAAGUGGCAUAAUAUAACUUGAAUGUAGACUGUGAUAAAGAUGUCUAAUUAUGAACUCUAAAGGAGACCCUAAGAUAAAAAACAAGAAAAUAAAGAUUUAUAGCAAUAAGCCAACAAAGAAGAUAAAAUGGAACAUAAAAUAAUAGUCCAAAUGAAAGCAGAAAAAGAGGAAAAUGGAAACAAAGUACAGAUGGGACAAAUAGAAAACAAAUAGCAAGAUGAUAGUUUUAAACCUAAACAUUAUACAUUAAUACGUUCAUUUUUUAUUGCUGCGUAGCAAAUUACUACAAACUUAGCAACUUAGAGCAACACACAUUUAUUAUCUCAAGGCCUGUGUGGGUCAGGAGUUCAGGCACAACUUGACUGGGUCCUCUGGUUAGAGUCCCACCAGGCUGCAAUCAAGGUGUCGACUAGGACAGAGUUCUCCUGGAGGCUGAACUGGGAAAAGAUGCACUUCCCCACUCACAUGGUUCUUUGCAGCAUUCAGUUCCUUGCAACUAGUACUGAAAGCUUCAGUUUUCUGUGGGCUAUUGGCUAGAGGCUUCCAUCUGCUCGUAUAGAGCAUCAGCAGUUCCUUACCACGUGGGGUUCCCCAACAUGGCCACUUGCUUCCUCACAACCAGCAAGAGAAGGGGAGAAUCUAGCAAGGUGGUCACUGAAAUUUUACAUAAUGAAAUCACAUAAUCACACAAAAUCGUGUAUAUCCAUUGCCAUAUUCUAUUGAUUAGAGCAUAUUACAGAUCCUGCCUAUACUCAAGGGGAUGGAAUCACACAAGAAUGUGAAUAACCAAGAUCAGAACAUAGUGGAGGCCACCCUAAGAGUUUGUCCACCAAAAAUAUGGCACUUCAUAUUUUAAGAACCGUAACACUUUAUUCUUUUAUUUUUCCCAUCUUAUCCUUUAUGUCCUACGUUUUACUUCUCUAUUAUAAUCCACAGAAUACAUUGUUAUUAUUUUUGCUUUGAGCACCUAAUUCUAUUUUAAAGUGAUUUUUUUAAUGAGAAAAAAGUUUUUUUAUAUUUAUUCUAAUAUUUACUAUUUCUAGUACUUUGCAUUCCUUUUAGUUGAUCCACAUUCACAUUUGGUGUCACCUGAAUAAAUGGGCAUAAAGUUAGUUUGAUUUUUAUCAGCCUUGCCUGUUCUGUUUCCUGCUGUUUCUAAUUUAUUUAGUGAUUCUGUAGUAAGAUUGUUUGCUUACUUUUUUUGCUUGCUCAUUUUUUAUAGCUCAGUGAUCUCCCUAACUUUAUUUUUUUAAAAAUCAUCUUGUUUUUGAGCUUUUGUUUAUUACAUAUUUUCAUAAAGUUGCUCGAGAAGCAAUUUAUAGAAAUUUAUUUCUUUAGUGUGAGUUUUCUUCCAGUCCUGUUCUUUGUAGUUUGCAUGCUUUGUUCCAACUCAUUUAUACAUUUAUCCUCUCACUCAUUUUUUGCUGUGGCGUAUUUGCAGAGUUGCCAGGAUGUUUCUUUUUGUCUUGCUCAUGCUUGAAGGUCUGUGGUGUACAUUCUAUCCACAUUGAUAUUGCUUGACUUUCUUCCUGCUUUCACUUGAACCCAUUUGUUUUCCAGUCAGCUCUGUAGUUUGAGGCCUGGAUGUUUGAUAUUCUGUCUACUUUUUUGUAGCCUGAGGGAAUUGUGGGGAAGGGUGGAGAGUGGAAGUGUGGUUGAGAUGGUUUCUUGUUUUGUUAGAAUUGCUGAACUCUGUGGUCUCUCUCUGAGAUGUUAAAUAUUCUGUGUCAGAGUUUAUAUUAUCUAGUUAGGAAUCUUUCCUAUUCCUACUGGGGAAGAUCUGUGGGAUUUAAAUUAUUUCUGAAUUUGUUGUAUCGCACUAGAGCAUUUGCUUCAAAAAGUAAGCUCCAUUGUUCACUUUUUCAUAGGUUAGCCCAUUUAUCUCCAGCCAUUUCCACUAUUUUCUCAAUAAGAAAAGGGAGGCAAAUAAGAGGAAAAAAUUGGGGAAAAUAUCUGAGUCUCUUUCUUUUCAGAAUUGGGGGUAUUAGACAGUUCUAAAAAUUUAGUAAACUCAUCAAGGCUUUCCUUAAUUUAUUAAUUUAAUUCACUUAUUCUUAUUCUUUUGUUGAUAAAUCUUUUUCCUGCUUACUUUUAACUACGUCUCAUACAUCCUGACAGAUAGAAAAUGUUUUCAUUAUUAUUUUUAGAAAUUUUUACUUUGUUUGUAUUUCUUAUUUUCACCCAAGGGUUAUUUAUAAUAAAGUUUAUUAAUUUCAAUAGAAGAUCAAUUUUGCUUUUUGAAUUUGUUAAUUUCUAAUACUGUGUUGUGAUCAGAGAAUUUUUUUGGUAAUAUUUCUACUUUAUGGAACUUUGUGGUGCAACAUAUGAUCAAUUUUUGUGAAUGGUCUAUAUGUUCUUUAGAUGGUGUAUAGUCUAUUAUCAAGAUGUAAAGUUUGAUUUAUAAUCAUAAAGUCUACCUUAUUAUGUCACUUAGGUCUUAUAUAUAUGCAUACUCCACGUACUUUUGUCGUGUACUUUGUUUUGUUUGUUAAUGUCUCCUAUUAGUUGACUUCUGUCUUUGUCUUCCUGCGUCUCCUGUAGUUUUGGUCUCAUAAUGAUGGUUACAGUAUUAUUUGGUAGAUGGAUAUGUAAUAUCUUUGUUGUCAAUUGUGGCUUUUAGCAUUAAAAAGGGGCUUUGUUUGUUACAUUUAUGCUUUUUGGUUUGGAUUAUACUUUGCCUACUAUCAGGAUUGCUACCCCUACUUUCUUAUUGUUUUCAUUUACCUGGUAUUCUGCUGUCCGUUUCAUUAUUUUUAACCUUCUUAAAACACUUUGUUCCUUAUAUGCAGCAUACCAUUGGUUCUUGCUUUGAGAGCCAAAUUGAAAGCCCUUUUCCUUUAAUAGGCGAGUCAAGCCUAUUGAUAUUGAUUAAUAUGACUGAAUGUUUGGUUUCAAGUCUGUCUCAAAAUUUUAUAAUUGCUGUAUUUGCUAUGUUUAUUUCUCCAUGUA